UGGGCUGAGUCUGGGGCUCCUGGGCCCACAACAGGAGAGCCUGGUGAGGAGAAAAGCCACCAAAGAGGCUCCAGCCAUACAGCAGCAGCAUGGCAGGCCGCUGGAUGCGCCUGGUGACUCUGGUCCUCCUGGAAGCCGCCGUCUGUGCGGCGCAGCCUCGCGGGCGUAUCCUGGGCGGCAGCGAGGCCGCGUCCCACGCGCGGCCCUACAUGGCGUCGGUGCAGGUGAACGGCAGGCACUUAUGCGGCGGCUUCCUGGUGUCUGAGCAGUGGGUCCUGAGCGCGGCACACUGCCUGGAGGAGGCGGCCGACGGGAAGGUGCAGGUGCUCCUGGGCGCGCACUCCCUGUCUCAGCCGGAGCCCUCCAAGCGCCGGUACGACGUGCUCCGCGCAGUGCCCCACCCAGGCAGCCGGCCCGACACAAUCGACCACGACCUCCUGCUGCUGAAGCUGUCAGAGAAGGCCCAGCUGGGCCCCGCCGUGCAGCCCCUGCCUUGGCAGCGCAAGGACCGCGACGUGGAGGCCGGCACGCUUUGCGACGUGGCCGGCUGGGGUGUGGUCACCCACGCGGGCCGCCGGCCGGACCGCCUGCAGUACCUGCCUCUGCGGGUGAUGGCCCGCGCCACCUGCAACCUGCGCCCGUACCACGACGGCGCCAUCACCGAGCGCAUGAUGUGCGCAGAGAGCAACCGCCGGGACACCUGCGCGGGCGACUCCGGGGGCCCGCUGGUGUGCGGCGGCGUGGCCGAAGCCGUGGUCACUUCGGGCUCGCGAGUGUGCGGCAACCGCAAGAAGCCCGGCAUCUACACGCGCUUGGCAAGCUACGCCGACUGGAUCGACAGCGUGCUGGCCGAGGGUGCGGCCGCCUGAGGGGUCCCGGGGGGCGGCGGUCACGGGGACCAGCAAUAAAGUCCUGUCCUGCAAGC